AUGAUCCAAACUCCAACUCAUGGCAAAAUAUCAAAAAUCAACUGCAACAUACUACAUCAAUUGAACUCUUCACUGAUGGUUCCAUACAAAAAAUGCACUCCUCCAACAUUAUCUCUGGAACCGCCUGGACAAAUUGGCCUUCAACAAUUUCUCUCCAACAUUCCUUAUUAUCCUGCACAUCUACUACUGAAUCUGAAACAUACGCUCUUCUUACAAUCACUGAACAUCUCCCUCACAAUU